AUGCACUUCCCUGCACGUUUCCGGAGGGCAUGUGUGAUAUCCUGCCUAGUAAUUCUUGUUUGGAAGUUCAUCCUUGGCGGCGACUUCUCAUCGGCUCCGUCAACGAUUGAAUCGAAUGCUGCAAGUAUCCUCGGCUGGCAAUCCUCUGAGCCAGAAGACCGGGAUCCUUACAUUCAAUUCAGUCGCAGGCUAGUCCGGAUCCUGAAGGAGACCAAACCACCGGUAUCAGCCUUGACUAAGACUGACAGUAUUCCCGCCACUGGUUUCAACGACAACAAAAGCAAGUCCUUGAAGCGCCCGGAUUAUGUGCCAAUCACCCCAGCUGAAGUCGAGGGUAUGCGAUUGGCACACCAAGUCAUGGUCAGAGAAAUGUCCAACUUGACUCUUCCCUUCAAACAGGGAUCUCGUGGUAUAGUUUCUACCGCAGGCGGAGCACACUUGCCAAUAUUUAUUGUCUCCCUCCGUAUGCUUAGAAGGUCAGGUAGUGUUCUGCCUGUUGAGCUCUUCUUACGCGCCGAUGAGGCACGUGGUGACAAUUAUCUCUGUCAAGAACUUCUUCCCUCUUUAAACGCGCGCUGCGUAAUUCUGGACGACUUCUUCCCAUCCGGACUGGUCAAGCUUGAGAAAUACCAAUACAAGAUCUUCUCAGUGUUAUUCUCGAGCUUUGGAGAAGUUCUUCUACUGGAUGCAGACAACUUCCCAGUUCACAAUGUGGAUCAUGUCUUCAAGACAGAACCAUUCACAACCACUGGUUUAGUAACUUGGCCUGACUUCUGGAUAUCUUCAGCCUCAGAGAAGUUUUACAAGAUCCAGGGUAAGCCUGUGCCUUCGACAAACGUUCGAGCUUCCACAGAGUCAGGCCAAGUCCUUGUGAACAAGCAGACUCACUCCACAGCACUGCUAGUUUCUACAUACUACAACUUCUACGGGCCUUCUCAUUACUAUUCUUUGCUCACUCAGGGAGGUCCUGGUGAGGGAGACAAAGAAACAUUCUUGGCAGGAGCAGUCGCAGUAGAUGCUUCGUUUUAUCAAGUAUCUGAGCCAGUAAAGAUUCUUGGAUACGACGACAAUGGAGAAUUACGCGGAGUUGCAAUGCUUCAGUCAAAUCCUGUCGACGACUACAUUGCACUAGUCAAGCCUCUGCCCUUCACCAUCCACGCAAACUUCCCUAAGAUGGACCCAAACACACUGUUUAAUCAGGAUGGCCCUGCUAUCAACCAUCGUACAGGUGAACAUCGCCGAUUAUGGGGAGAAAAAGACAAGCUCAUUCAGACGUUCGGCAUGGAUGUCGAGCGAGAACUCUGGGCUGAGAUCAGACAUGUCGCAUGUACUCUAGGGGGUGUGUUCGUCCAUUGGAAGGCAGACGCUCCUCGAGACUGGAAAAAAGGGACGUGCGAACUGGUCGAAGAGCACGUCAUCAAAGUCUUCGGUGUAGAUGAUGACAGCAUCUACGACCCUUCUGCGACAUAG